ACAGACAGACAGAACUCCUCGAGCUUGCAAAUGACGGCGGGCUGAAAAGUAUGUUUGACAUAACAUCUCUGCCGGCAUUCUGGAUCAAAGUCAAGGCUAAAUAUCCUGAGAUAGCCAUGUAAGCACUGAAAACGUUGCUUCCAUUUCCAACAUCAUAUCGCUGCGAAGCGGAGUUCUCUGCAAAGAAUGCAACGAAAACUAAAUUGCGGAAUAGACUGGAUAUAAGGAACCCCUUCGAGUAUCGCUGUCUCCCAUCACCCCUCGAUGGCACCGACUUGUUGCAGGAAAACAAGCCCAGCCACUGAUUCAGCGAUAUUGCAGUUCCCAACCACCGGGCCGCAAAGCAUGUGUACCGGGCCGCGAGGAAACGAUAUGAUUUGGCGAUAUGAGUGAGCUGCACCAUUCCUCAUUCUCUGUCACGCCCACUGUUGAAAUCGAACGCACGUGAGGCCAUUACCUGCACGUCAUCCAUGUCAGCGCGGGAAGGAGAUCAACUCCUCGAGCUUGCAAAUGAUGGUGGGCUGAAAGCUCAAAGUCCAAUUGUGAAGACAAAGGAAAAAAUAACAGCAGUUUUAGGAGAAAGUUUUUCCUUCACUUGUACAACAAAUUUAAAUGAUAUUCUACAGGUGACCUGACAAAAGUUAAAUGGUCAAACAGAGGAAAACAUCGCCAUCUAUAAUGAAAAAAUUGGACCCAAAGUAUUUGGACCAUUUAUGGAUAGGGUGUCUAUUUUGACAUCAAAGCAGCAAGAAUCCACCCUUGUACUUUCUGGAGUGAGACAUGAAGAUAAAGGAUGUUAUCAGUAUUCCCAGAUGGAUCAAAUAUUGGGAAGACCUGCCUGAAUGUACUUGCAAAAAGUCCACAUGAAGAGACUCAAGAGAAUAAGACAGCAGUUAUAAGUGCAAACGUUAACUUCAGCUGUACAACACAAUUAGAAAAUAUUCAACAGGUUAUCUGGAAAAAGCUAAGAGGUCAAUCUGAGGAAAAUAUCAAAUUUAAUGUAAAACUCAAUGCAUUUGAGAAACAUGUUAAAAGAGCUUCUUUUAUAUCAACAAAUGAGUCAGUGUACACAAUAGAACUAUCUGGAAUAAAGCUUGAAGAUGAAGGAUGUUAUCAAUGUCUCUUUAAUACAUCUGAAAUUGAUUCAAGCUCUGGCAAGACCUGCCUCACUGUAACUGCUGACUGUUCAAUUUUGUACGUUGGAAAAUUGAUGUAACUAACUUCAUCAAAACUUCCCAUGAGGAACGUUAUAACCAAAAGGUAACAUCAUACAACUGUGUGC